GGGCUCCAUUGGAUUUCGGGGGGUGGGUGGGGAUUCGUGCCGGAUCUACCUCGGCUGGCAUCGGCAGGGACGGGGCUGCCUUUGGGGCGCUCGGCUAAAGUCGCUGGCGGCCGCCAUUCGCGCAUCGCAGCGCCUAUCUGACCGUCGCUAUGUCGGAUUUCGACAGCAACCCUUUCGCGGACCCAGACCUUAACAACCCUUUCAAGGAUCCUUCCGUUACACAAGUGACUAGAAAUGUUCCACCAGGAUUAGAGGAGUACAACCCUUUCUCAGACUCCAGAACGGCACCACCAGGAAAUGUCAAAAUUCCUAAUGUGCCUAGUACACAACCUGCUAUAAUGAAACCAACUGAGGAACCACCUGCUUAUACUCAAAUUGCAAAGGAGCAUGCCUUGGCCCAGGCUGAACUGCUUAAGCGACAGGAAGAAUUAGAGCGAAAAGCAGCUGAACUAGAUCGCAGGGAAAGAGAGAUGCAGAGUCUCAAUCAGCAGGGAGGAAGAAAGAACAAUUGGCCACCACUGCCAGGAAAUUUCCCAGUGGGCCCUUGUUUUUACCAGGAUUUCUCAGUAGACAUCCCUGUAGAGUUCCAGAAAACAGUAAAGAUUAUGUACUAUUUGUGGAUGUUCCAUGCAGUGACAUUAUUUCUUAAUAUUUUUGGAUGUCUGGCUUGGUUUUGCCUUCAGCCCAUGCGAGGAGUUGACUUUGGACUGAGUAUUCUCUGGUUCUUGCUUUUUACUCCAUGUUCUUUCGUCUGCUGGUACAGACCACUUUAUGGAGCUUUCAGGAGCGAUAGCUCAUUCAGGUUCUUUGUUUUCUUCUUUGUAUACAUUUGUCAAUUUGCUGUGCAUGUCCUUCAAGCUGUAGGAUUCCAAGGUUGGGGGAACUGUGGAUGGAUUUCAUCUCUCACUGGACUUAACCAGAGCAUUCCAGUAGGCAUUAUGAUGAUAGUCAUAGCAGCACUUUUUACAGCUUCUGCAGUCAUUUCACUAAUCAUGUUUAAAAAGGUACAUGGUUUAUACCGCACAACUGGAGCAAGUUUUGAGAAGGCCCAGCAAGAAUUUGCAACAGGUGUGAUGUCCAACAAAACUGUACAAACUGCUGCAGCAAAUGCUGCCUCAACAGCAGCAACCAGUGCUGCUCAAAAUGCUUUCAAGGGUAAUCAAAUGUAGACAAGAGAGAUGAAACACGUUACAAAUUGUCUGGCUGUACUUUAUUUUUCAAUUCCUAAAGACAUGUUAAAAAUGCACACAGCAUGUAUGUCUUUUCAGCUGUGCAUGGGCUAAGACAGAAAAAAAGAUCAUUUCAUUCCUUUUAGAAUUUUUUAAUGAGAAGUUCUUCCUAGCUACACUACUAGCUUACAAUAGUUACUUUUUUUCUCCAUAUUUUUUUGAGGUACGUGAUAUUUGAUGAAAAUUAGAACAGUAGCUUUAAAAAUUCAUACAGCAAGUUUAGCUUCUGAGAUGAGCAAACAAUAUUGGUUUUCCAUGGGGUGUCGCUCUCGGUGGAACUGUUCCUCCUGACUUGAGACAAGCACUUUGAAUUAACCCUGUUCAUAACACUUUGCUUCCCUAUUUUCGGAAGAAACAAAAUAAGCUAACAAUUUUGAACAUUUAAUUUUGGCUGCUGCUUUGUAACUCCAGCAGCUGAUGAAGGACAGAAGUAAGCUUAAAAUAAGUAUGAUAGAUAAUGUAAAUUCUUUUUUUAGGAGAAUAGAUUUUUUUAAUAAUCUGAGUCUGCAUGAAAAUAAUUUUGACUAUGCUGCACUAGUGUUCUGGUCCAGAAAUUGUCUAUCAGUCCGGUUAUAGUAUUUGUUAAGAUCUGUUUUCAUGGUGUAUAUAGUGUUCUAAUUAGAUAUCUUGGAGCACAGAUGUCUUUAUCCAAGUAAUGCAACAUGAAGUGAAAAGAAUUAUGGUUUAACUGAGGCACAGUUGUUAUAUUUGUUCUUUUUGAUUUCACCAUUCAUGACUAGGAAGCACAUAUUUCUAAACAGAAUCUGUUUAGCAAUAUUUAAAACACUAAUAACUACUCCAUUCUGACUUGUGUUAAAUUGUAGUGGAAUUUAUUUUGUGCUUCAGAACUCUGACAUUUUUAGAGUGUGCGUUUGUGUUUAAUGCUAUUAUAUCUUUAGUCUUGUCAGUCACUCUGUUUAGUAUUUGUAUAAACAUCUGAAUAUCAAUAACUUAUUUAAAUUUUUAACAUUACUGUAGAUCUAAUCAGGCUUCUAAACUGAUAAUUAUGUACUUGAAUUCUUUUAACAUACUUCAGCCUUCAUAUGAGAUUUAAUCUGAAUAAGUGCAUUUUAUUAAAUGCAAAUUGAAGAUUCACUUUAUGGUAAUUAGUUUAGUAUGGUGCUAUAUGGCAGCUUUUUGUUAUUUUAAUUCUUCAUAUUAUUCUAAGACUUAAUUGCCUCUUCGGGUCACUUUUCCCUUUGGAGUUUCUAAAUUCUAGGUGUUAAUGCAUAAUAAUUUGAAAGAUACUAUGAAUUAAUAAUUUGAAUGGUAUUCCAUUUCUGUCAUUAAGAGAUUUUUACUCUUCUGUUUGGUUACAUAUUACACUGGCAAAUUUGAUUGUCCUGAAUUCUGACAUAAAAUUUAUUUUUUAAAAAAAUGAAUAAUUCAUGUUCUAAAUUUUUCCACAUGAAAUGUAACCAUGCUUUGUUUAACAUGUUCAGUAGACUCUAGAAUCCCAGAUUGUAAUGUUUGGAGAGGAUCUUAGACUGCAUUUGAUCUAGUCUUUCUCAGCCUUGGCAAUUUUAAGAUGUGUGGACUUUGUGACUGGCUGGGAAUUCUGUAGCAUUCUAACAAAUAGUUAUCCUAGCUUUGCAUGUGCAGGGGAGAGUCCACCCUUUCCCAAGGCAGUCUUCUUCCAUUGUUGAAUAGCUUUUGCUAUUUUCCUUGAUGCCUGACUGAACAUUGCUUCUUUGUAAUCUAUAUCCAUUAUUUAUUUUAUCUUUUGGAACAACUCUGAUCAAUCCUGGCUUGUUUUCUACAUGACAGCCCUUCAGAUAUUUGAACACAAAUAUCAUGUCUUUUCUCCUCCAGCCCUUAACCUUGUGGUCUACCAAAAUACCCAGGUACAGUAUAUACUCGCAUGUAAGCCCACCCACAAAUAAGCUGACCUUGGAAUUUUUAACCAAAAUAUAAACAAAAAGCUGACCCACAUUUUUCAUGAAGUUUUGGUCAAAAAAUCCCAAGGUUAGCAUAGGCAUGGAUGGCUUAUGUAUGAGUGUAUAUGGGGAUAUAUAGAUACUCACAGAUUAGCUCAUCCAUGGAUAAAACAAAAUCAAUUUUGAGGUUUAUAUUGGUACCUAACAUUCUUGGCUUCUCCACAAGUACAUGUGGUAGUUUUCACAUAUACUGCCCAUUACUACAUCCCCAUUCUUACCUUUCAUAUUUUUCCUAAACAAUCAUAGGAUUUUGUCUUGUUACUGAGAUUAAUGGCUUUACUCAUUGCUGUAGCCUCAUCAAGGUCCUGCUGAAUUUUGGUACUGUUUCCCAAGAUGUGCCCUCUACCACUCAAUGUUCUUAGUUUGCACAAGUUAUCAUUGUAGUUUUAUGUUAUCAUCUAGCCCUUUAUCUAAGUCAUCUAUAAAUAUGUUGAACAGCACAGGACCCGGAAAAGGUCUAGAGACUUCCACUCAGCACUUUCAGUUUGACACAGACAUUGGGUAUAUUUGUUCAGUGACCUUUCUAUUUAUCUAUAGGUAGCAUAGGUGAAUUUUUGCUUUCUGUACUAGAAUUUCAUGGGGACACUUUCUUGAAAGCUUUGCUAAAGGCAUGAUGUGUUGUAUGCAAGUAAAUUAAUCAUUAAUGGAAAGAGGCACUGGGUUAGGUUGGCAUGAUUUAUUAUUAAUAAAUCAUGCUGAUCCCUGCCCAGCAAUGUACCUUUCCUAAAUGCUCACUAAAUGUUCAUAAACCCAUUGCUUAAUUAUUCUAGAAUGUCCCCAGUAUGGACAUCAAAUUGACCAUACUUUUUGGAGGGGAGUGGGGGUUGUGACAGGAAUAAUACUUAGAAGAGAACACUUAUCUCAUGGGGGGGGCGCAAUAGCUCAGCAUCUAAAGACGCAGAGCUUGUCAGCUGCAAAGCUGACAGCCCAGAAUUGAGAACUGAGUGUCAUGUGUGGGGGUGAGCUCCCAUUCCAGCUGCUGCCCACCUAGCAGUUUGAAAACAUGCAAAUGUGAGCAGAUUAAUAGGUACCACUUCAGUGGGAAAGUAGCAGUGUGCCACGUGGCCAUGGAAAAUGCCUUUGGACAACACUGGAUCCCUUGGUCAAGAAACAGAGAUGAGCACUGUGCCCUAGAGUUGGACAGGGGAAACUUUUACCUUUUGUACCUCAGAGUUGAACUGUGGUGUCCUUGGUGCUUUCUGAACUUGGUGGGUUUUUUGUGGAUAUUUCAUCACCAAACUAGGUAAUAUCCUCAGUGCUAGAAGGGAGUGGGGUUUCCUCACUAGCAAUCAACACCCAUAUGAGCAGAGAUUAACACUAGACCAGCUAUCAAGAAAUCAACAAUACUCAAAUAAGGAAUCACCAGUGAAUACAAUCUAACAGUAAAGUACACCCUAAUCAAGAAAUCACCAAGCCCUCUCACAGCAACA